AUUAUUUGUAGCUGACUCCGGGUCCGUCUUUGACAGCCUGCUGUAAGGGCGCAGAAAAGCGAAACCUCAAAACAUGUCGGUCUUCUCGUGACUGUACGUUGUGUUUUCAUAUUUCCAGCAUGACAUUGAGCGUUAUAUCGCUCUGAUUGUGUAAUUCUGUAGAAGGCUCGACACAUCGCGUUACGGUAGGAUGGAAACUCUGAUUCCCAUCAUCAACAGACUGCAGGAGGUCUUCCUCACAGUUGGAUCCGAGAUCAUCCAGCUUCCUCAGAUCGUAGUCGUGGGGUCACAGAGCAGUGGAAAGAGUUCAGUACUGGAGAGUUUGGUUGGACGGGACUUUCUGCCCCGAGGCUCAGGAAUAGUGACUCGGCGUCCUCUAGUGUUACAGCUGGUGACUGUGCCCCCGCUGGAGGAGAGGCGCAAACAAGACAAUGGGAAUGGAGCUAAACACAACAGCCAGAACAGUUUUCCAGGUAUCAAAGCAGAAGAAUGGGGCACCUUCCUUCACUGCAAAAACCAGAUUUUCACAGAUUUCAGUGAAAUCCGGAAAGAGAUCGAGGAGGAAACAGAUCGCUGUACCAAUAAUAAGGGCAUCAGUCCAGAGCCCAUUAACCUGAAGAUAUAUUCCCCUAACGUACUCAGUCUGACGUUAGUUGACUUGCCUGGCAUCACUAAGGUCCCUGUUGGUGACCAGCCUGAAGAUAUCGAGACUCAAGUCCGGGAGAUGAUUCUGUCCUACAUCUCCAACCCCAACUCCCUCAUCCUGUGUGUCUCUCCUGCAAACUCUGACCUCGCCACAUCGGAUGCCCUUAAACUGGCACGAGAGGUGGACACAGAUGGUCGCAGGACGCUGCUGGUGGUGAGUAAGCUGGAUCUGAUGGACGCGGGGACAGAUGCUCUGGAGGUGCUGCUGGGCCGGAUCAUACCCGUCAGACUGGGCAUCAUCGGUGUGGUUAACAGGAGCCAACAUGACUUGAACACCCAAAAGAGUCUUGCCGACUCCUGCAAAGACGAGCAGGUGUUCCUGCAGCGUCAUUACCCAUCAUUAGCCUCCCGCUGCGGCUCACGCUACCUGGCUCGCACCCUGAGCCGACUGCUCAUGCAUCACAUCAGAGACUGUCUCCCGGAGCUCAAGACGCGAGUCACGGUGCUCACGGCGCAGUACCAGUCCCGACUCAACAGCUGCGGCCAGCCAGUGGAAGACCAAAGCGCCACCUUGCUGCAGAUCGUCACUAAGUUUGCCGCCGACUACUGCAACACCAUCGAAGGCACUGCCAGACACAUCCAGACCUCUGAACUAUGUGGAGGAGCGCGUAUCUGUUAUAUAUUCCACGAGACGUUUGGAAGAACCCUGCAGUCUAUUGACCCACUUGGAGGACUCAAUGAGCUAGAUGUUCUCACAGCUAUUCGAAAUGCUACGGGUCCUCGGCCGGCGCUGUUUGUUCCUGAGGUCAGUUUUGAGCUGCUGGUGAAGAAACAGAUUAAGAGACUGGAGGAGCCCAGCCUGCGCUGUGUGGAGCUCGUACAUGAGGAACUUCAGAGAAUCAUCCAGCACUGCUCUGCCUACAGCACACAGGAGCUCUUGCGGUUUCCCAAACUGCAUGACUCGAUUGUGGAGGUGGUUACCAGCUUACUCAGGAAACGGCUGCCCAUUACCAAUGAGAUGGUUCAUAAUCUGGUUGCGAUCGAGUUGGCCUAUAUAAACACCAAACAUCCUGAUUUCACAGACGCUGCCCAAGUGUCUGCAUCUGUCAACAGCCAGCAGGCGGAGGCUGGGGAUGGAGGCAAGCGAUGGAAGAAUGAGAAGAUGCCGUCAGAGGACAAGGGCUCCAUGCCGGGAUUUGGGAGUCCCACUAAAGCCAUCAACCUGCUGGACACGGCCGUGCCAGCAUCCCGCAAGCUGAGCACUCGGGAGCAGAGGGACUGUGAGGUCAUCCAGCAGCUCAUCAAGUGCUACUUCCUGAUCGUGCGCAAGAGCAUCCAGGACAGUGUGCCAAAGACGGUGAUGCAUUUCCUGGUGAAUUUUGUGAAGGAGCAUUUGCAGAGUGAGCUGGUCGGUCAGCUCUACAAACAGCCUCUGCUGCAGGAGCUGCUCAUCGAGUCUCAGGAAACUGCUCAGCAGCGCACGGAGGUUGCACAGAUGCUGGAGGCGCUCAAGAAAGCCAGUAACAUUAUCUCAGAGAUCCGGGAGACUCAUCUUUGGUAGCCAAACGUUCUCAUGAACACUCUGUCCAGGAAAGUGUUUACAUGUUUGUAUGUGUGCUGUAUGUGUGUGAGUGUAUGACAUACAGGUCAAAUACAUCAUCUGAAGAAGAAAUUCAAUGCCUCUGCCAGCAUGAACAUUCAACAAAAUGUGUACAGUUUUCCAAACAGCCCUCAUUUCUACUGUAUAUGCACUGAUUCCAUAGCUGUGUGUUUGACAGAGGUCAGAAGUGUGAGUGCGUUUGUACUCAGUAGUGAUCAUAUCAAGUCUAUGUCGUUAUCUUCAAUAUCAUAAAUUCUUCGGAAUGGUUUUUCGCCAUUAUGAUAAAUACUCUUUCAUUUAAGCAUUAUAAGAAUUAAGUAAUGUCUCAAAUGCUAUUUAAAGCAUCCUAAGAACAAUCGAGCUCUCAUACGCUCACAUGACUGAAAACAGGAAUCACACAGUGAACGUCGUUAUUUUUUCAUCUGUUCAUCAUUUACUCGACAUGUCAUUCCAAACUGUGUGAUGCUCUAGAAUACAAGAGAUGAAAAAUGUUCAAGCUGUUUUUUUUUUUCCCAAUUCAGUGAAAAUAUUAUAGGCUUUCAAGCUCUGAAAUGGACUAAAAGCAACAUAAAUGUACCAUAAAUCAUCAUAAAAGUAGUUAAUGGGACUCGUUUUAUGUGAGGAACAGAUUGAAAUCUAAGUCAUUAUUCACUGAAUGACUUGACGAUGAGUAAUUGACAGAUUUGAGGGACCUAUUCCUUCAGUACGCUGUAAAUAUCAUGUAAUAAAUGUGGUGUCCAGACUUACAGUAAAUAUAAGAAACAACAAUAAAGCCGUCCCUUUAUUAGAUUGGGUUGAAUUUGUCCAUUUUGGCACAGUUGUAUGUUACAUACUGUACAUACAAGCUUAAGUUAUCACAGCCAAUAUGGGCUAAAAACAAAACCAGUGCUAAUAUGAUAAUGAUUUAAUAAUGUGAAUGAAACUCAAAUAGGAUGUUACAUUUAGAAUAAUUAAUGAUGUAACAUGUGACGGGUGUCUAGAAGUGGUGCAAAUAAAUAGUAGUGCAGCGUGAAGAGCCACAGAACAAACACUUCAAACCGUGCUUGACUUGACUGCCAUGUAAUAUUUAUGCUUGUAUGAAUAUUUAUUGUGAGAGUGAGUACAUCUGUUUUAAAGAAGGUCAAAUGAGGAAGAACAAACUAAGAUAUGAAAACAUUGGCUGUUUGAAGCAUUGAACACCAAGAAUGAAUAGUGUUUAGUGUCAAAUACAGUGCGAAAUUAAUGCCUACUACUAUUGCCUGCUGAAACCAAUAUUAAUUUGUGUGGGUGUUUAUGUUGGGGACGAUGUUGCAUAUUUUUUAAUUUAUUUAUUGUGAUGGGGGACGCAUUAUGCUUCAGACAUUAUGCAUCUCUACCAAACAAUCAAUCAUAAAAAAUAGACAUGCCAGGAAGACUGAGAGAAGGGGGAUAAAUAAAAUCAACUUAAGCAUAUUUAUAUACAUUGCCAAAUACCUGAAAGUUAAUAAGCAUGCAUUUCUUGUUGACCUCAAACUUUAGACUGUUAAAUUGUGUGCUGCCUCAUAUUUUUAUUAUAUAUUUCAGUGGAUAUGUGUGACACAGUGAGGAUGUACUGUAGAGGUGUUGUAAAUUUCAAGAGGUGUAAGCAGUUUACUUAUUAUUCUGCUUAAGUGAAGUAGGAUCCGUAGAAACACUUCAGAGGUUGAUGAGUUUUAAUGAGCCCCGUUGCAGUCUCAGCACUAAUUACAUGAUGUAUGUUUCCCGAAGCUGAAAUCUGCACUGCAAUCUGAUCCUAAAUAUUCUCUAGCAAUUUUGUGAAUAUCAUGGAACCUGUCAAUAACAUAUUCAGGUCAUAUUCUGCGCUAAAAUUAAACAAAAAUAUGAAAAUCUUAUUUUGCAUCUAGAAAGCCUAUUUCUAAAAACAUUAGGAUUUUGCACUGUAACAGUUGUCUUCACAAUCAAGUACAGAAAUUCCUCAAAUUGGCGUUAUUUUAAAGGGGUGGUUGAUUGCGAUUUCACUUUUUUAACGUUAGUGUGUAAUGUUAUAGCAUACUAUAGCAUAAACAAUAUCUGCAAAAUAUAACAUAAACAAACUAAAUAAAGCAUAAACAAUAUCUGCAAAGUUACGACACUGAAAGUGAAAUGCAAAUGGAGAUAUUAAAAUUGCAAAUGGUCUUUUAAAAUUAUGGAAGUUUAACGCCUACAAAAAUGACUCGUAGGGACUACAACAAGUUACUUCCCGGGUUUGUGAUGUAACUAGGGCUGGGUGAUAUAUCACAUGCGAUUGUCACGCGCAUUUCGUCAGU